AAUAAAGUGAGUUUGAAAAGACAAGGAUUGAGCUAUUUAACUUGACAUUUAUUUUGCUGUUGUAAGAUAUUAGAUAGUCAAAAUUGGUCAAGGAGGAUCAACAUACCAAUCUGGGGUGAACCCAGAGAAAAUGGAGGAUCAUUUUGUUUGUCCAAUUUGUAUAGAGUUUGCAGAGGAUGCAGUGGAGACUACCUGUUGUCAUAAUAUCUACUGUCAUGCUUGUAUCACAAGUAUACAUAAAGAUGAAUGCCCUACCUGUCGGGCUAGUAAACCCAAGUAUAAGUUUGAAGUUUCCCAUUUAGCCAGACGUUUGAUUGGUGGAAUGGAGAUGACUUGUCCAUUUGGUUGUGGGACAGUAGUUCCAAGAUCAGAAAAAAAAGGUCACGAGUUGACAUGCAUUAAUAAACCUUAUCACUGUCCAGCUAUGGGAUGUGAGUUCCAGGGAGUGCGAGAAGCCUUCCUCCAACACAUGAUAACUGAACAUGCAUCAACAAUCCUUAAAAACGUAGAUCAACUUUUUGAGGGAGCUCCUCUUGAAGCUGCUGAAGUUGAAAUUGAUCGGAUUAAGACUACAGUUAAUUUUAAAAAGGCCUAUGCUCGUCUUGGUGAAACCGGCAAAUAUUAUUGCUCUAAGGCUCUUGAUGGUCCUCGCUGUACAUGCUGCAAUGGAAACUGUGGACCAACCAAUGGUUGCAACUGUUCAUCUUGUAUGAAAUUGGAUGUGUAUGUCAGAAAGUUACCUAACAAUUGGUUUGUUAACAGAGAUGGAGCUGCAUGUAGAAAAGGUGUAACU